AUGCUUGAAUACACUAGAACAAUUUCACUAGUUACAUGCAUGGACCUUUCAAGCAAUAACUUAUCUGGAGAAAUCCCUGAAGAACUCUCGAGUCUUUUGGGAUUGCGUGUCUUAAACUUAUCUAGAAAUCAUUUGACCGGAAAGAUCCCAGACAAGAUUGGUAAAUUGGCAUUGCUAGAGUCUCUUGAUUUCUCCAAAAAUCAGCUUUCAGGUACAAUUCCUCCAAGCAUGUCAAGUUUAACUUUUCUAAGUUACUUGAACUUGUCAAAUAACAACUUGUCAGGAAAAAUUCCAUCGGGAAAUCAGCUCCAGACACUUCAAGAUCCUUCUAUUUAUAUGAGCAACAAUGAUCUAUGUGGACUUCCUCUUACAGAUAAGUGUGAUAGUGAUGAGACUUCUCAAAGUCCAAUGCCGAUUGGUGGUGAUGUAAAAAAAGAUGACGGAGCACAUGAAAUGGCUUGGUUUUACUCUGCAUUGGGACCAGGAUUUGCUGUGCGGUUUUGGGCCUUCUGUGGCGUUUUAGUGCUCAAGAAAGCUUGGAGGAUUGCCUAUUAUCGGUUCUUUGAUGAGAUGAAAGAAAGACUUCUCUAUGGUUGUUGCUUUGCAAGAUGUUAGAUUGAAGAAGUUAGUUGGAAAUGUAGGUCAUGAAUAAUUGUUUGCUACCUAAAUGUGAAAGCUUUACAGUGGGGUUUUUUUUUUUUUUUUUAGUACUUUUUAUAAGAGUUGUAAUAGAAAGCUUAGUAAUUAGAAUUUAGGGAGGGGAUUGGCCAGUAUUUUACUCUCUUAUGUAUAUAAUUUUUAAGUAUCAAUAAAAUUACAGGUGGUGUGCUCCCACCUUUCUGCAAAAA